UCAGCACAGUGCGCCCUCUGCUACCCUUCUCCAUGUAUUUGUAUAUGUGUGAUGUGGAAAGCGGAUCGGAACGUGUGUGACAAGAAGCACGUUUAGACUAAAUUCGCGGGGCGUACACGGAGCCCGUUGCGGAAUCGCUCGCCAAGAUGGUACUCAUCGCCGCCGCGGUAUGCACCAAGGCCGGGAAAACCAUAAUCUCUCGACAGUUUGUCGAAAUGACGAAGGCGAGAAUAGAAGGCCUACUCGCUGCGUUCCCAAAACUGAUGAGCUCGGGUAAACAGCAUACAUUCGUGGAAACGGAAUCGGUUAGGUAUGUUUAUCAGCCUCUUGAGAAAGUGUACAUGCUGCUUAUCACAACUAAGGCCAGCAAUAUUUUGGAGGACUUGGAAACUUUGAGGCUCUUUGCGAAAGUGAUUCCAGAAUAUUGCAACUCAAUGGAUGAGCUUGAAAUAGCAGAAAAUGCGUUCAAUUUGAUAUUUGCAUUUGAUGAGAUAGUUGCAUUAGGAUAUAGGGAGAAUGUCACUUUAGCACAAAUUAGAACCUUUGUGGAGAUGGAUUCGCAUGAGGAGAAGGUCUAUCAAGCAGUCCGAAUGACACAAGAGCGUGAAGCUAAGAAUAAAAUGCGUGAAAAAGCCAAGGAAUUGCAGAGGCAGAGGAUGAUGGAAGCUAACAAAAAAGGGGGAAUUAAAAGUCCUGGAUUUGGCGGAGGAUAUGGAAGUGGUAGCACCCCGGCUACUCCAGCUGUUGGUGAUACAGCUAACUUUGUGCCUGAACCGAUUAGACCUUACAAACCCAAACAGAAACCAGUAAACGCUGGACCAGGUGCAAUGAAAUUAGGUGGCAAGUCCCGCGACGUAGACUCAUUUGUUGAUCAAUUAAAGGAGGAAGGAGAAAAUGUCGUAUCAGGACCCCUCGCUGCUCCAAAAACAACACAAACCAAUGUUCCACUAAUUAAUACAGAAUUGGUUCAUUUGAGGCAAGAAGAGCAACUUAAGGUACGUGUCGGUCGGGAUGGAGGUUUACAGUACUUCGAGUUGCAUGGCUUGGUGACUUUACAUAUCUCUGACGAGAAAUGGGGACGCAUCCGUGUGCAAGUCGAGAACAGCGACACAAGAGGAAUACAGUUACAAACUCAUCCAAAUGUGGAUAAGGAAUUGUUUAGAGCGCAUGGACAGAUAGGUCUAAAAGUACCUACAAAACCAUUUCCAUUGAACACUGAUGUCGGUGUGUUGAAAUGGCGUUUCCAAACGCAAGAUGAAACAGCAUUACCAAUUUCAAUAAAUUGCUGGCCUUCUGAAAACGGAGAAGGCGGCUGCGACGUAAAUAUCGAGUACGAAUUGGAACAGGCCGAUCUCGAGUUGAGUGAUGUUCAAAUAAACAUUCCCCUACCUAUCGGAUGUAAUCCUGUCAUCAGUGAAUGCGACGGGCAGUACACAAAUGAGGCAAGACGAAACACGUUAAUUUGGUCCUUGCCAGUGAUCGAUGCUUCAACGAAAUCAGGCUCUAUGGAAUUUUCAGCCCCCUCUUCUACACCUGCAGAUUUUUUCCCACUUCAUGUUUCAUUUACAUCUAAAACGCCGUAUGCCAAAAUUAAGGUAAAUGAAGUUUGGCUCGUAGAAGAUGAGAGCCCAGUUAAAUAUUCGGUACAAACUGUGUUUUUUACUGAUAAUUAUGAAGUUGUAUAAGACAUAACGCAUAGAUAAAAUAUUUGCGCAUAUAAGAAUAUAAAAAUAGGCACAGUUCAGUGGGGAGGCAUAAUGUUACGGUCAACAAUCAAGAUUGAUUAUUUGAAUUUUUAUUUUAUUGCCAUACCGUCAUUCCUUACAUUGAUAUAUGUCAUUUACUAUAUUUAUGUGCAUGUAUCAAUUUAACAUGCUCUUUAAUAACUGUCCCGUGCCGAAUACUUAUAUACAUUUGUAAAAAAAAGGAAGAUAUAUUUUAAUUGGACAAAAUUGAUUACGAUGCAUACACAAAUUUAUCCUUUUUGCUUUCUUACAUUUAUUUUAGUAUAGCUCCUGCAAAGGAUUGUAUUAUUACCAAAUAUAUAUAUAUCAAAUUUUGUUA